GGGCCAAACUUCGCAAUCUCACCACACACAACCAGCCCCGGUGCUCAUACCCAUGCAGAAAAAACUGUUUCACUUCUAAAUACAUAUCUGACAGACAAACUUCAUACACCAGCAUUCCACGCUACAAGCGAAACCAGACUUAUCACUCAUCACAUCGACUGUAACUCCAAAAACGUAAUCUACAUGAUACAAUGCAAUCACUGCUCCAAACAAUACACGGGUGAAACGAAACGACGACUCAAAUACCGCUUCAACGAACACCUCAGACCCGUUGACAAUCCAUCUAGCAUCUCUAAACCAACCACAGUCUUAGAGCACUUUCUUACUAAUGAUCACUCUGCAAACGACUUCAGACUUAUUCCACUGGAGUUCAUUAAAUCUAACAGAGGCAGUGUACGAAAAGCUAGAGAGGCACACCUCAUCGAGAGAGGUAAAACUCUAGAACCUUCUGGUAUCAAUAAGAGAGAUGAAAUGUAA